CCUCGUCAAGACCCGACCGUGUCGGAGCUCUCUCUCUCAGCCAAACCCAUGGGUUCGAUUGACCCGCCAAGAGCCGAACAGAACGGCACUGCGUCCGCCGUCGUCGCCGACCCCGACCAGAAGCCCGCCGCAGGAGGCGCCAUGCCACCGCCGGCGGCGGUUAAACACUCCAAUGGAACCGCGGCGGAGCCCGACGCCCCGACGAAGAGGAGGAGGAUGAGCGUGCUUCCUCUCGAGGUGGGCACGCGCGUGAUGUGUCGUUGGCGAGACGGGAAGUAUCACCCCGUGAAGGUCAUCGAGCGACGGAAGUUGAAUCCCGGAGAUCCUAACGACUACGAGUACUAUGUUCAUUACACCGAAUUCAACAGGAGGCUCGAUGAAUGGGUGAAACUUGAACAGCUUGAUCUUGAUUCUGUAGAGACUGUUGUAGAUGAGAAAGUGGAGGACAAGGUGACGGGAUUAAAAAUGACACGUCACCAAAAGCGGAAGAUUGAUGAGACGCAUGUAGAGGGGCAUGAGGAGCUUGAUGCUGCCAGUUUGCGUGAACAUGAAGAAUUCACCAAAGUGAAGAAUAUCGCAACCAUUGAGCUUGGAAGAUACGAGAUCGAGACAUGGUACUUCUCUCCAUUUCCACCAGAAUACAAUGAUUGUUCGAAGCUCUACUUUUGUGAGUUUUGCCUCAAUUUCAUGAAGCGCAAGGAACAGCUUCAAAGGCACAUGAAGAAGUGUGAUCUAAAACAUCCUCCUGGAGAUGAGAUAUACAGGAGCGGUACAUUAUCGAUGUUUGAGGUUGAUGGCAAGAAGAAUAAGGUUUACGGGCAGAAUCUUUGCUAUUUGGCAAAGCUCUUUCUAGAUCACAAGACUCUCUAUUAUGAUGUGGAUCUUUUUCUAUUUUAUGUCUUGUGUGAAUGUGAUGAUCGAGGUUGCCACAUGGUUGGAUAUUUCUCCAAGGAGAAGCAUUCUGAGGAAUCCUACAAUUUGGCAUGCAUCCUCACACUCCCACCAUAUCAGAGGAAAGGCUAUGGAAAGUUCUUAAUAGCUUUUUCAUAUGAACUUUCCAAAAAAGAAGGUAAAGUCGGCACGCCAGAGAGGCCUCUCUCUGAUCUUGGGCUGUUGAGCUACAAAGGAUACUGGACAAGGGUUCUCUUGGACAUUUUAAAAAAGCAUAAAGGAAAUAUUUCUAUCAAGGAGCUCAGUGACAUGACGGCGAUAAAGGCUGAUGAUAUUUUGAACACCCUUCAGAGCUUAGACUUAAUUCAGUAUAGAAAAGGGCAGCACGUCAUAUGUGCCGACCCGAAAGUCUUGGAUCGUCAUCUGAAAGCUGCUGGACGAGGUGGCCUUGAGGUUGAUGUCAGCAAACUGAUCUGGACUCCAUACAGAGAACAAGGUUGAUAAUAACUGGCGAGUUAGGAUAGGUAUUUCCUUUGGCUUGUAUCAUUACACAGUUUGUACAAAAUGCAGUUUUUAGUAUCUAAGUCAAAUAAGCCCAUGUUUCUGAAGUAGCUGACCUCACGGUCUAAUACCUCUGGCGUUUGAUUUAGUAGUUUUGUGGAAUAUCAUCGACUAGACCGAUGGUCGUACUCAUUUGUAUUCAGUGGGUUUGUCAGUGAUCGGCAGGAACCAUUGUUUCCUGUUGAAUUCCUA